AUGUCCGACAGGAAGAUGAACGUAGUGUCGAUCCUCAACAAUGACGAUAACCCAUCGUUUGCGGUCCGAUCUAAUCCCAGACUGAGCGGGAGCUCACUGCCUCCAAUGUCAGAACCGAAUCAACCCCCGCCCGUCAGCAACCCGCCAUACGUCUUCCAGCCAGCAAUGUCUGAGUCCCCAGCGACCUCUCCGAAAGGUGUGCGGCAUCCCCGCGACUCAGUCAACGAGGUUGCCCAUCCCACAUCUCCCAGCUCGUCCGAUGGCUCUGCCUAUGACUAUGUCGUAAGUCAAUCUUCGUCAGUUGCCUAUCAUCCGUACGCACGGCAGGAUCUACGACGGGACUCGUAUUCUCGACCACGGGGCCCUGCACCACCUCGCACGCCUCCAGAGGCCCAUGCCAAUGUGAUCUCUUCAACAGAUGCAAAGCCUUCAUCAUCUAGUGCGAGCAGUGCGCGCGGCACCGGUCGUAAGAACAAGUAUCCAUGUCCGUACGCAGCGAGUCAUGGCUGUACAGCUACGUUCACCACCUCCGGCCACGCCGCCCGCCACGGCAAGAAGCACACCGGUGAGAAGAGCGUGCACUGCCCCAUCUGCAACAAGGCUUUCACCCGGAAAGACAACAUGAAGCAGCAUAUCCGGACCCACCGCACUCACUCAGAGGAUAUGCGCUCCAUCUCAACCAUCUCAACCACCACUUCAGAGCCAGAUGCAGAGCCGAGAUGGAUCAUGUCGAGACCGGACUCUGGCUACGCCACGACGGCACAUCCGCGGACCAGUAGCUAG